GUCCGCGUCGCCAAUCCCGCAGCAAGAUAGGAAGCUAUGUCGACGACCACCCCGAUACUGCGGCCGCUCACGGCGUGCCUCAAGGCGCUCAGCCUCCGCCCCAUCUCCGCCCGCACCAUCACCACCACCGCCACCGGCGCCAUCGUCCUCCCACGCAAAGUCGGCAUGGUGCACCAACCCGCCGCCUUCCACAGCCCGCACGCCGCUUCCCCCCGGCGCCACAUCAAAGUGUACCCGCCGCCGCAGAAGAACGCGAGCAAGUCACCGAUCGCGGACCUGACGGUGCAGCAGCUGGCGGUGCUGGACCCGCUGGGGGCGCGGCAAAAGCUGUUCUCGCGGCACAACCGCGACGCGAUCCGCGUGGGCGACAUCCUGCAGGUGCGCCGUGGCAACGGCGAGCAGCCGUUCGCCGGCGUGCUCAUCAAUAUCAGGCGCCGCGGCGUCGAUACCGCCUUCUUGCUGCGUGGCCAGGUCACCAGGAUCGGAGUCGAGGUCUGGUUUAAGCUCUAUAGUCCUACGAUUGAGGGGAUUGAUCUGGUCCAGAGGGCGAAGAAGAGGGCCAAGAGGGCGAAGCUCUAUUAUAUGCGUGACCCCAAGCAUGAUCUCGGAUCCGUCCAGAACAUCGUUAACCAGUACGUUCGGCAGCGUGCCAUGCUUCGUGGAGAUGGCAGGAAGGAUGGGCGAGGAGCUGGUGGUGGUGCGAAGGGGAAGCACAGGGCUGGCAAGAGAUAGUGCUAGCGCGUGGCGGCGGUGGAGGGAAAUCUGUAUCAUAAAGAACAUACU